AUGGCCUUCGGUGGCUGCUGUGAGAGCGAAGAGGUGAAGGAACAACGAAGAAUCAACGAUGAAAUCGAACGUAUGCUACGAAAAGACAAAAAGGACUCGAGAAGGGAGUUAAAACUCUUGCUCUUAGGUAAGUCUUCGAGUUGCUCUCGUGUUUGAUUUUGUGUUACAAAAGUUCGUAAGUUUUCGGCAGCUAGUGAAGUAUAAAGCUAUUGUGUGUAUUAUACUAAUGUUUCCCAUUGAAAGCCGAACAGUUGUCAUUUAAAAAUCUGGUUUGGCGAGAACACAGCUGCUAAUAUUUUGUUAUACGUGCUUUCUUAGGUACUGGCGAGUCGGGAAAAAGUACGUUUAUCAAACAAAUGCGAAUUAUACACGGCCAAGGCUACAGCGAAGAUGAUCGUCGAGGCUACAUCAAACUGGUGUAUCAAAAUAUUUUUAUGGCCAUACACAGUUUGACAAGGGCAAUGGAAACUCUAAGAAUUCCCUAUGCGAAUCCCUCGAACGAGGUAAAAGCUUUUAGCAGCUUUGAGCUAAAGAAUACACCGUGUUCCUAGCAUUGUUUACAAAAAACAACACUGCAUUUUGUUUGAUUUGAGCUAUGCGCCUUUGAACGUUAGCCUGUGCUCAAAAUGAAUGCAUUUCUAAUUUCGUUCGUUUUAUAACAAAUAUAGGAUUUCGUCGCCGUGGUACGCGGUGUAGAUCCUGAUUCCGUAACGGCGUUCAGAAAGGAGUAUUAUGAUGCGAUAAACAGUUUAUGGCGAGAUAGUGGAAUUCAAGAAUGCUACGAUAGACGUCGAGAAUUCCAGUUGAGCGACUCGUGCAAAUAGUAAGCUGAAAAUUUAGCUUGAAAUUUAAGUAUUGUAUGCCUACACACUUCUGGUUUUGACCUAUAUUUGUCUUCUCGCCGUCCUAAAACACCUAUCUUUUUAAAAGCGUAGAAAACGCCGUGGUCUUUUUAAUAGGAUAGGUGUUCUUCGACCGCGAUUAUUUUAUAUGAACGGCAAAGCAGAUGUGUUUUGUGUUUGCCCAAAACACAACAUGCUAGCCAUUUUUGCCUGUUUUUAUUGCCCAUAUUUAUUCCCAUGAUGUAGCAGUAUUAUUCCCAUGUUUGCCUAGCGGAACGCACGCUCGUUUGGCCUCGAUCGAAACAAUUGUAUAUUUCAAAUUUUUAUAUGUACAAAAUUUUAUUUUCGUUUAGCUAUCUUAGCGAUUUGGAUCGAAUUGCAGCCGCGAGUUACCUACCAACAGAACAGGAUGUUUUACGGGCUCGAGCGCCCACCACAGGCAUUAUAGAAUAUCCCUUUGAUUUGGAUACAAUUAUAUUUCGGUGAGUUGAGCCAUUGAAAUACCUUUAUGAAAGUUUUAUGGAGAGGAGCAGCCUUCCAUAUUUGUCUGCUAAUGAAUGUGAAUACAUUAUAAAAGCCCCGAAGUUCUCGGCUUUCGGAAGCAUUGUAUUUACAGUCUCUAAGUUUUCACCUAAAAAUAGAUGUUUUAAUAUUUUACACCACUUGUGAGGCUGUGAUUUUCGCUUCCUGUUGUCCGAGAAAUAAAUUGGAAUCGUUUCGCGGCUCUUCAUCCUUCGACCACUUCGAAAUUCGACGCCAAGUUUUGGUUCGAAAACUUGCGACUUUUUUCGGGCCGCGUUCUUGACAACUCGACCGGCCGCCAACGCUGCGCGCUUCGCACCCAGAUUAAAAUAACCGAAUCUGCAAGAUUUAUUCAUCUUAAAAGAUCUUAGAGUAGCUUUCCAAAUUACGAAAUGCGUGGGCUGAACGAGUGUAAAUAGCCCCGGACGAAACUACUUGCUUGUAAAUACGAGACUUAUGCGAGCCGCGUACUCGCUUAGCAUGCCCAAGUUACGGAGGCCACGCGAGUGCAAAAAUUCCCAGGGAUUUUCUUUGCAAAUCUCCCCCUGGGACUUCGCUUUCUUUUGCAACAAAAAUGUUUCGCAUCUUGGAAAUUUUGCACUUGCGAAGCUGAUUUGAUAAAAAUCAACCGUCUGCUGCUAAACACGGCUUUUGCACCGGACAAGUAAUUUCAUUGUUUUCGGCAUAAAAUCAAUUUGUGAGUUUCGUUUUUGAAAUUUUAACAAAUUAUUUUCUGGCCUCAAAUUUAUUGCACUAUUUAGAGUGCGCUUUAUGCAACUAGGGCUUUUCGUGUUUUGAGUUUGGUUUUUACAAAAAUUAUAAUUUUAUGAAAAUUAUUAAACGCAUGCAAAGCUGAGCAUUCAGGAUUUUUGAAAUUAUAACAAUUUUUGCCAGAAAUUUUAUUGCAUUUAACGUGUGUUAAAGUAUUAACUGGGUCUUUAUUGUAAUAAACGUUUCUGUUUUGAUCUUAGAAAAAUAUCUUAUGAAAAUGCAUGAUUGCAUGCAAACUGAACACACCUCAAUUUUACAAACAUAUUAAGGCCAAGGUAGCCAAGUCACAUGCAAAACUCUUAUCAACUCAGCAGCUAAAAGCAGGCUAUCUAAUCCAAAAGUUAUUACUUUUCGACUAAUUUUUCACAACUUUUUUCAAGUAUCAUUUUGUGUGCCCAAACCACAAAGUGUUAUGUCAUAAGAGUAAUUGCUGCAUCGAUGCUGUGAAUGCAAUGGGAUUUGCCCUUUUGCACGACUACCUGUGCACGGUAACGAAAUGCCUUGGGAAGCUGGCAAUUAAUCUGCUUAAAUAGGAGAUAAAAAGCCCAAAGUAUUAAAAUGUACGACAAGGCAAAUCGUUGCAUUCGUUUGCAAAAUUGUGGUUGCCGGUCCUGAUCUUAUUGUAUCUUCUUGUGAAGAUCAGUUUUCUGAUCAUUGUUGUUGACUCAGAAGGUUUGCAAGUUGACAUGUAAAUUGCCAGAAGGUUCCAUAAUGUAUUCAGAUUGCUGUCUCUCUUAUUAUCAAGCAUUGAAAUAUUCAUGAGAUUUCAUUUGGCCACAGAGAUCUUGCAUAAUCUUAUAAUAGCUACAACAUUGUCGUGAUUAAAUAAAUUUAUUCCGGUCAUAACUAACAGUAUGUAGCUGACAGUUUGGCCACUAAGAUAUUUGCACCCUGUUUGUUUUAGUGUAGGAGCUGCAAGAUUAAUCUGUAGUGUUGUAUUUAAUAUAUUACAACAUUUCGUUUUUAUGUUUGCAUAUUUGAGGAGCAAGCAUUGCAUAGUGUGUACAUCCUUGUUAAUAUUUUAACAGGCAAGGAUAUACUUGGAAUUUCCUACAAGCAUGCACGCUUAACAUUAAAGGAAUACUGAAUGGUUUUCUGUGCAGGAUUGCAUAAUCCAUGCACGAGGGAUGUCGCGAGACUUUCGGAAAGCGUAAAAAUACUCGAGCCGCAGUCGAGUGUAUUUUUACGCUUUCCGAAAGUCGAGCAACAUCCCAAGUGCAUGGAUCACACUAUCCUGCUUGGAAAACCAUUUGGUGAUUGUUUUAUAAAAUAACUACAGUGAAACAAUGACAUUUUGAAAAUCCCGCGAAGGCAUUUUAAUUUGUCGUGCAGGAUUGUCUGAUCCUGCAUGGCUAUUAACCAAUCAAAUUGCGUGUUUCAUUGUAGUUAUUAUAUAAUGUUGUUUGCUACAGGUUCAAAUUGCAAUAAUGUUUUUGCUUAUGCAACAGGUUUUGCAAUCGUACUAAAAACCCUCAAAACAUUCUGCUGCUACACAAUACACUUUUCACAAGACUUUCUUACAAAGCUGUUGCACAAUUGUUGAUCUUAGGUCAUUCCAGAAACGAUUUAAACUCCCGUUACAGUGGAAAUUUCUGCCAUCCAGGGGACGGGGGAGAUCAUCUAUAAUAGUAAAAUAUACUACACCCUCUGAAAGGGGAGGGGUUGACUCCCAAUUUCCUCUGUGGGGGAGGUGUGGCUAUUUUGUGGAAGAACCCAUUGCAAAUUAACCUUAUGUAUGUGAGCUCAAAAAAUGAAAACCGAGGUAAAUUAUUUGGCACAUGAUAAGUGCAACUUUUGAAGUAGGCCUUGCAUCUUACAUCCCCUUCAUGUGUAAAAAAUUGUCUGGCGUUAGACACUAGUAAAAUAAUAAAGUCGGGUGCAUUUGGGCACACUGUAGUUUAAUGGGUUAAAACAACACAUUGGCAGAUUGUUUGGUGAACCAUUUAAAGUGCAAGACCCACCCCUUGACAAAUGAAAUUGUCUGGCAUUAGACAGAGUAAAAUAAUGAAGCAGGGCUCAAUGUUCAAAGCAGAUAUUUGGCAUUCAAAUAUUUGGACAUUUCCAGAAAAUCAUCAUCUCGAGUGCAUAAAUUAAUCCAUUGAGGCCAGUUCUCUCCCUUGAUGAGUAAAAUGAUCUGGCAUUAGACAGAGUAACAUAAUAAAGUAGGGGCUUGUUAGGGUGCAGUGCAACUUAAUUAAGGGCACAUCAUUUCAGUUUGCAACAUGCAUGUUCGUUUUUAAAUUUCAAAAGUAUUUGAUAGACUUUAGUGGCAAAAAUGAGAUAUGAAUAACCUGCAUUUCAAUCUGCUACUUUUGAGCAAACUGUUUGUUUGCAAGUGUAAACAAUUUGCAUGUUCAUAAGGACCUAAAUUCUGUAAUGAAUAGAGCACAAUAUCAUAACAUGUGCUGUAAUGGUAAUCCCACUUUUUUAUUGAUCUUAUGACAUGAUAGUGCUUGGCGGCAAAUGAUAGACGGAUUAAUAAGAUUUAAUACUUUGCUUCAAAAUUGUGUGGGCAGUUUGGAAUAAACUACAUUUACUACCUGAACUUGAUAGUCUUUGACUGCAGACGCAUAAACUGAAUCGGUAUAUGGAGUCUGAAAACUGGUGACAAAAACAUUGUAUGAUCAUGUGGUCAUCAUCAGUUGAUUGAUAAUUAUGCAAAUAUAAUAUGUAUUUAGCUAGAAACACUGGUUUAACCCAUAGAGUGGCAGUACUCCCCUCGAUGAGUAAAAUUGUCUUGCAUUAGACAGAGUAAAAAAUUGAAAUAAUAAAGUAGGGUGCAUUGCCACUUUUAAAUGUAUAAACAUAUCAAACAUAUCGUGCAAACAUGCAUUGAAAAUGUACUUUGAGAAUAACUGCACGGAAAAAUCUAAAGUUACUCAGCCACUGUGUCAAUAUUACAGUUUCCUCGUGCAAUAUUUAUAUGUCCAAUUCACACAAUGCAGGCUUCGUGUUGUUUGUCAGUUUUUGUAAGCUUAAGCAUAUAUCUGAUCUCUGAGAAGUUAAUGUAGCAUCAUGCUUAUUCCUGAGAAGUCUAUACAAAUCUGCAUGACAAAACAAAACUGGCAAUUCAUUAAGACGUUUCCCUGGGGUGAUCUAGAUAGAGAAUCAGACAUGUGUAAUUUUAGUUGUGUAUGUGUCCUUAUCUCUCUCUAAAUCUGGGGAAUUUUGUCGCGAUCACAUGUGAGCACUGCCGCCAAGAGGAGGGGCACUUCGCUUCGGGCCCCAGCUCAAAAGGAGGGCCCCCUGCUCAAAAGGGGACCCCAAGCUCAAAAGGGGGUCCCAAGCAACGGAAGUUGUUAAAGCUAUUUCUGGAAACAAGAUUGCUGAACUGAGAAUAUCAAUCUAAGCUGCGUUAAUGUCAGAUAAUAGUUAUGAAGUGUAAUAUUUUGUAAAACACUACAUCUCCCCUUUUACGAUCAUGACGUCAUAGGGCCCCUUGGAUAGUUUUGCGCCGGGCCCAGACACCGCGGCGGCCCUGGAUGUAAGAAGAGGUUUUCCAGGUUGACUAUACCAACACACACCAGUGAUCACCACCUAUCAAAUAUAAAGUUUGUUCAGUCGAGUUUGGUCCUCACUACAACGCAAGCACAAGCAAGCGGAACACUUUAAUGUUCUUGUGCUUGUGUUGUUCUGACUGUGUCCUCACUGUAAUGCAAGAUAAAGUGCAAGUAUAAGCAAUAACAUAUGCAUAAGGAAAAGAACACAACAUUUUGAUAUUCUUAUGUUGCAUUGUAGUGUGGACAGUACAUACAAAAUCAAUAUGUUUGAUGAUGAUCCCUUUUAUGCUUUGCUUAUGCUUGCAUCUUAGUGAGGACAAGGCUUAAGGUGGCAGUUGUAAGUUUUAAAACAUUUCUUUGUCUCUUGAUCAGAAUGGUUGACGUCGGUGGCCAAAGGUCCGAAAGACGAAAGUGGAUACAUUGUUUUGAGAAUGUGACGUCAAUUAUGUUCCUUGUCGCAUUAAGUGAAUAUGAUCAGGUCUUAGUUGAAUCUGAUAGCGAGGUAAAGUGGAGUAUUGUUUUCUGGAAGUACAAUUAUUAAAAAGUUGAAAUUUUUUACUCGCACAGCUGGGUGCACAUCGUGGAAAUAGAGGGGUUUGUGUGUUACAAUUACCACAAUUCUGAUGUUGCUUGUGACAGCCUAACAACUGUUUGCCCUCAAAGCCUUUCUUACAAUGCAAAAUGUUUUUGAGUAGGAUUUUUCUGAAUAAGGAACAGACAUCAUUACAUUAUUAUUAUACUUUUAUACUUCAUUGUAGUUUAACGUUUGACAGCCUCAAUUUAUAUCAAGUUGUCAUUGAGUUCUGUUAGCCCAACCAGCAAAACCUCAAGCUAGAACUGUUGACAUAAUGGGUUCAUCUCCAUGUUGGCGCUUUGGAAUUUUUCACAAGCAUUUUUGUCUUUACAAGUUAAAACAUAACAGUUUGUCUUUACUAGCAAAACAUAACAACUCUUUCACAAGCUCUUUUUGUCUUUACAAGCAAAGCAAACAUAUUACUAGCUCUUAAGCUCCAAGCAAUAAAACAUAACAACAAUUGUAACUUCUUAUGUUCUUUAUAGAAUCGAAUGGAGGAAAGCAAGGCUUUAUUCAGAACGAUAAUCACCUAUCCUUGGUUUCAAAAUUCCUCCAUUAUAUUGUUCCUUAACAAGAAAGAUUUACUUGAGGAAAAGAUUAUGUAUUCUCAUCUAGCCGAUUACUUUCCUGAGUUUGAGGGUAAGUCGAUCGCAUAGUGUUUGUCAAGAGCGGCUUUGCUACAAAGUUACUUUGGCAAGCGUAUAAUAACCAUCACGUGCAGGUUAGGACAAUUUCUGUACUGUAUAACACUUGUUUACAUCCUUCGAACUUGUGAGUUCAAUCAGGAUGUGGUCAUUGAAGGUUUUCAGCUGUAUCUUGCAGAUGCUUCAAUAAUUGUUCCCUUGUAUAUAAGUCGGUGCAAAUUGAAGACUUGAGGUUUAUUUUGCAUUUAAGAUAAAAUACAACAGUCGUGGAACGUAACUGGCAUUACCAUUUGCACAUGAAAAAUUUGUUGCCUGGAAUAAAAUUCACUUGCCAUCAGGUCUGGUUUUGUCCUGACAUGUUAACAAAAUUUGGAGCGAAUGAUUGCAGUACGGAUUGAUAAAUCAACAUUCUAAUCUCAGUUUUCCAUAUAACAAAGUAAAGAGUCAAAAACAGAAUGCAUAACAUUGAUAAGCAAACAAUUUUGUGUAGCAAUGAAUUUCUGGCAAAACAACUUGCCCGUUUGGGCAACCAAGAAGUAACUUCUACUUGCCCAUAAUGAUUUUCACUGUAGGUAUUCAUCUGGGUAUUUACCAAGGAUGGGUUGACUACAAAAUUUUUGUAGUUCGCUAUAACUACAGCUACUUCAAAAAUAUGUAGUCCGCUACAACUACUGCUACUUUUGAACGAAGGUAGUUCGCUACUGACUACAGCUACUGCUUAAAAAAUGUAGCGAACUAUCUCUAUAUUUUUUAGUUUUACGGUAUUUGCAGCAUCCAUUAGCUCAGGCUGUAAUAUAACCUACAACAAAUCGACUUACGAGUAGCAACAGUAAACAAAAAGGGUCAAAGUAACAUUUUUAUAAGCACUACAGUGUUCAGGAGUGCCACUUUUCAUUGCGCUAAAAUAAUGGUAUUUACUGAGGUAUUCAUCAGUAACUUAAAACUGACAGUUAGAACAUAGAGCACCACACAAUACGAUUGCAAAGCUCCCCAUAUUCCUUAGACGGCUUAGUUCAACUUCAAUCAUGCCCAAUCAGGCUAUAAACCUAAUUUCAUGCCAGAACAUAUUGAAGAUUGUCGGUCGCAUUUACACGUAGCUAUUUGAUUGCGGUUUUGAAUACUUUGAAAAGUUUGCUGGAAAAAGUUUUUCCAGAUAUUGGGAGGAAGUGUAGAAUACAGGGACCGAACUUUCGCGUGCUUCUAGCAACUACUGACCAUUUGUUGCGGGUAUAUUUGAAAAACAUGGCGUUGAUGGCGACAUUUUGAAAUGGAUCUUCAUGGAGCUUGGUUAUUUCAACUGUAAAGAAGAAUAUUUUCUAAUUUUGAAAGAUCUUUAACAACACAGAAAAACAACAGGUAACUCCACUCUAUAUGCUAACAGUUGCUAAACUAGCUUUAUUUUUAUUUGAUAGCUCUAUCAGGUAGAGACUAGCUGUUCUCCCUAGCGGCCCAGUGAAGAUAAUAAUCCCUUAUUGCUUGCUCACGUGAAAUUGGAUAUUACGGAAAUCAAAUGAAAAGCACAUCCAGUCAGCAACAGUUGCCAUUCUGCUCCUAAUAUAGCUCGGCAUGUUGAAGGCGUUUAAUACAUGUAUAGACAUUUUUUUUUCUGUGUUGGUGUUGUGUACUCAGAUGAAUAUGAU